AUGAGUGAAGUUUUGGCCCAGCUAGAGUUAGCCUUACUCGCGUCCCAAUAUGAAUCGGUCAAUGAAGAGGGCAUUAAUAUGUCGUCGUUACUCGCAGAUCUUGCAACUCCACUAGCUGAGUUAGAGAACGUGAAAGAUUCAUUUGGAUUUGGAACAAGAGGAAGUAUCGUUUACUAUGCACACUAUGGUACCGGACAAGGUCCCGUGCAUGUUGCUAUUAAACAAUGCAAGUGUCAGUUGCCAGAACAAGCAUUUCUAGCACAGGUUUUAACACUAUCAAAGCUUAAUCAUGAAAAUGUGGCAAAGCUACUUCAUUUUUGUAUGACAAUUGAUAUGGAUUACUAUGUAUAUGAGUUUUCUUCAGGAAGAUCUCUACAUGACAUUCUUCAUGAGGAACUAGAAGACGUGGAGCAGCCGCAUUACUUGGAGAUAAUUCCGGAAUUCCCAUGGUCCAAAAGAAUUAAAAUCGCAGUUGAGGCUGCGAAAGGAUUGUGCUACAUUCAUGACGAGAAAACUCUGAUUCAUCGUAAUAUCAAAUCCAGCAAUGUUUUAAUUUUUAAUGGUGGAAGUACGGCUAAGAUGACUGAUCUUCAUAUAUGCAAUCCAUGUUCUUGUAACUUUCCUCCUAUUCGUGGAGAAAGGCCGCCGUGCGAACUUUAUCAUCCACCAGAAUAUUCGAAAGACGGGGAUAGUCAGGGAGGUGAUGUUUACAGCUUCGGUAUGGUUCUACUCGAACUCUUGACAGGGAAGAAACCACUUGAUCCUACAUUGCCGGAGGGAAUGAACCUUGUGAGUUGGGCAACACCGCAACUAACUUACGAUGAAGGGAUACAAAUGGUUAUGGAUGAUAGAGUCGGGGAAGACAACCCUCUCGUGGCAGUUAAAAAGAUGGCUGCAAUAGCUAUAUCACGUCUUGCAAAUGAAUCCAUUCUCCGUCCAAUGCUGAACGAGGUUUUGAUAGAUCUCCAAGAAGCUUUACACGAAACACAAAACUAUUACCGGAAUCUUGAGCAACGAGCAAGGCUCUGA